AUGGACUCGGUCCUUGCAAAGCUCGGAAACGAGAUCGAGGAUGUCGACGAAGAGACUUUCGACAUCUUUUCUCAGCCCGCUGUCUCUCAAGACCUAGGGAUGGUCGAUCCAAAAGCCCCCCUCCUUGAGAUUUCUAUCGCCGGGCGAGACUUUGAGCUCUCGCAAUCUCCAGGAAUACUACAAUCAGCACGAGGUGGCGGGACCACCGGUGCUGCCGUAUGGAAAAGUUCAGUACUGCUUGCGGAAUGGAUGGCCUGGCCGCAAAAUCCACUGUUCGCCUCAGAUUCCAUCAAAAGUGUGAUUGAGCUAGGGGCAGGUAUCUCCGGUCUUGUGCCAUUGAUCGUAGCUCCAAGGGUUCGGAAAGUGGUCGCGACUGAUCAGGCGUAUGUGAUGAAAGCAUUGCAAGCCAACAUCGCUGCCAACACAGCCGGCCCAGCUUCGAAGCAGAAACGCAAGUCAAGCAAGAACACGCCUUCAGAUGUCCCAAUGCCGCAAAGCAACAUUGAAGCCUUUGCAUUGGAUUGGGAAAGCGACGAUGUCGCCAGCGUACUUCGUGCAAAUGGGCUGGAAUCUGGCCUAGACCUGGUUCUAGCCUGCGACUGCGUAUACAACUAUGCGUUGAUUGAUCCGCUGGUGCAGUGUUGCGAAGACAUUGGCAAAAUGCGUCUAUGCGAAGACGGCGAAUCUCCAGGCCAGACCACCUUGUUCGUUAUCGCACAGCAACUGCGACAGCCGGAUGUGUUCGAGCAGUGGCUUGAGGCUUUCCAUCGAGCAUUUCGGAUAUGGCGAGUGCCCAACGACUUACUCUCGACAGGGCUGAAGACUGGCAGUGGCUUUGUUGUUCACGUCGGAGUCUUGCGACAGGCAUCUCGAUGA